AUGGAUGAUGGACAGGAUCCGCAGAAACGGGUAUGUACCCGCGCCGGCCGACAUCGUAUCGAGAUGGUCUCCGAUGGAAAGAAGGUGGCCUAUGGAGAGAGACGACCAAGGCUACUUGUUAUACCCUUGGCUGGUUCUGCAAAUCUUCAUUCAACACCGUUCCAGAUCCACCAGGUCUGUAUCGGGCACCCAGUGCUCUUUCGCCUUGCAGCAAGCGACGACACACUUCGAAAUGCAUUCAACCCGCAAGCAUAUCAGGAAGCAUUGACCAGCAUACUCACGCGUCGGAGAGUGCCCUUUUCGGCUAUUGAAUGGGACAAGUUUAAACAACUCGCUCUCGCUUGUAACCCAUACAUCAAAGACUCCCUCAUUACCUCACGGCGUACGAUGGUCCGAUAUAUUGCAGCAAACUAUGAUUUUUACAGCAGCGAGAUCAAGUCCGAUUCAUAUCUCAACAGACCUCUGGACAUCACCGCAUAG